AUGGAGUACCUCUUCGGUCGAAAGAAGACGCCUAGUGAGCUUCUACGGCAAAAUCAGCGUGCACUUAACAAAGCAAUUCGAGAGCUCGACAGGGAGAAGUCACGUAUGGAAAUGCAAGAGAAGAAGGUGAUCGCAGAAAUCAAAAAGAUGGCGAAACAGAACCAGAUGGACUCAGUGAAAGUCAUGGCUAAAGAUCUCGUUCGAACUCGUCGUUACAUCAAGAAGUUCAUAAUUAUGAAGGCAAAUAUCCAAGCGGUUUCACUCAAAGUGCAAACACUGAAAAGCCAGGACGCUAUGGCACAGGCUAUGAAGGGAGUGACGAGAGCAAUGCAGUCAAUGAAUCGGCAGCUGAACCUCCCACAGAUUCAAAAAAUAAUGAUGGAGGUACUCAAUUUUCGUUUAUUUCCUGCCUAA